UGGCAGCUAAUGAGAUUGGUCGUUAAGUAAAUGACACAAAGCCUACAAAAAAAGCUUAGCAGCUCACUAGAGUAUCACAGAGUGUCCCUGCACACCACACAACGACACAAACACUGGACUAACCUAGCCCACCCCUGCUUUAUUCUACAUCACUGCUUCCCUGAUGUCAGCGCGAGAGGCAGAACAAAGGCUAAAAGGCACACGAUGGAUGCAGAUGGAGAAGAUAAAAAGCUACGCACACAUUCAGGAGAAACCAAGGCACACGUGGAUUCGAUAGCACAAGAGCUCAGUGCCUACAAAAGCUCCAUGGCAAAGAAAAGAAAAGCUGAAGAACAGAUUUUGGGUGUUCCUGUCAACAAAAGGAAGUCUCUGUUAAUGAAACCUCGCCACUACAGCCCCAGUGUGGAAGGCAAGGGGGGAAAUGAGGAGACGACAGAACAGCAAGAUAAGAGCAGUGUUGUUGUAACAGAAGACACUACAACACAAGCCGAAAUUAUAACACAAACUGAAAUUAUCACUAAUUUGGAUGUGCAAGAAAAUGAUCAUCAAAAGACAGAUUACAUUGGUUACGAGAACCUAAUGACCAAAUCUUUAAGUACUGUUGAAAACACAAAAGCAAAAGAUGCAUCAAAUCCCACAGAAAAUGAAAAACUAAGUGACAGUUGUAACCAGCCCUUAAAAACAGAGAAUAAGAAUGUUGAUGAAUGUUACAUGAUCAGUUCUUUGGUAAAAAGAGACAGAAUUCAUGUUUCUGAUCCACCAUACUGUUCUUCUGAGGAUAAUGAAAGUAAUUCAGAAAUGCUGGACAAUGAAUGGGAGACUUCCUCAAAUUUCUCUGAAGAGACAAACUUAAAACUUCCUGUAAAUAAAAAAUACAUUGUUGGACAUAAUGAGCAAGAUGUCUUAAACGUUCCAGGAGUCAAAACUGAAGCAGAAGAUUUUAACAAUUCAGAAAUUGUUUGUGACUCAGAAGCAGGCCUGCAAGAAUCACAGGAGUCACUCAUGGAGUCUUUUAGUAACAGACUUCAGAAUCCAUUGCCAGACAGUGAGGAGGAUGAGUGUCUCUCGGAAAAUACUGAAAUGUCUUUUGAUCUGGACAAAACCAAACAAAACUUGAGCUUGCUGGAACGCGCAAUCGCUCUGCAGGCAGAGCAGGGUCAUGUCUUUCAUAGCACCUACAAAGAGCUGGACAGGUUUCUACUGGAGCACCUUGCUGGUGAAAGAAGACAAGCCAAAGUGAUUGAUCUUGGUGGCAGAGCAAUCUAUAACAACAAACACUUACCUAGACCUGAAAAGAGAGAGACCAAAUGUCCUAUUCCAGGAUGUGAUGGCACAGGGCAUGUGACUGGAUUGUAUCCCCAUCACCGCAGUCUCUCUGGAUGUCCACAUAAAGUCAGAGUUCCCCUUGAAAUCCUGGCUAUGCAUGAAAAUGUUCUAAAGUGCCCAACUCCUGGAUGUACAGGAAGAGGACAUGUCAACAGUAAUCGUAACACUCACAGAAGUCUUUCCGGUUGCCCCAUUGCGGCAGCUGAAAAAAUGGCAAUGUCUCAGGAAAAAAAUCCACAAGAAUCACCCAACAUGGGGCAGUGCCACGAUCAGGUCCACAGAACAAACUUGGUGAAACAACUUGAAUUAUCUCAGUAUAGCGGUCGAUCUGUCCAGCCAAUCCCUUUCUCCAGAGCCAUCUUUACAAGAGAGCAAGAGAAAUGUGGAAAAAUACCAUUCGACUAUGCUAGUUUUGAUGCCCAAGUCUUUGGCAAACGCACAAUGAUGCCAGCUAUGCAAGGACAAAAACCUACACAAUUCCUUGACUCAAAGCAUUUUUCAAAUCCAGGGAAAUUUUCUAAUCGGCUGCCUAGUGCUAGCGCCCACACACAGAGCCCUUGCCAUGCCAACUCUUACGGCUACGGUCAAUGUAGUGAAGACACCCACAUAGCAGCAGCUGCUGCAAUCCUGAACCUUUCCACCCACUGCAGGGAAACAGCAGAGAUCCUCUCCAACAAACCACAGAGUCUGUCUGCCAAGGGAACUGAUAUUGAAGUCGAUGAAAAUGGCACCCUGGAUUUGAGCAUGAAAAAGAAUCGGAACCAAGAAAAGUUUACGCCUCUAACUUCUUCCAGUACAACAGUUCCCACUCCUUCCUCCUCACCCUUCAAAACGGGAAGCAUUCUGGUCAAUGCCACCUUCUACCAGGCGUUGUGUGAAAAGGAAGGCUGGGAUACACCUAUCAACUAUAGCAAGAGUCAUGGAAGAAAAGAGGAAGAGAAAGAGAAAGAUCCUGCGAACUGGCCUGAAAAUCUGGAGGAAAAGAAAUACUCAGAUGUCUCUGUCCCAAGUCCCAAACCCAAGAUCCAUUCACGGGAUCUUAAAAAGGAACUCAUCACGUGUCCAACGCCAGGUUGUGAUGGCAGUGGUCAUGUGACAGGAAACUAUGCAUCACACCGCAGUGUUUCUGGCUGCCCAUUGGCUGACAAAACAUUGAAAUCCUUGAUGGCUGCCAACUCUCAAGAGCUUAAGUGUCCUACUCCUGGAUGUGAUGGCUCUGGUCAUGUGACUGGAAACUAUGCCUCACACAGAAGCUUAUCUGGUUGUCCUCGGGCCAGGAAAGGCAGUCUCAAACUGACUCCUACGAAAGAGGAGAAAGAAGACCCUGAACUAAAAUGUCCGGUGCUAGGCUGUGACGGUCAAGGUCACAUAUCAGGUAAAUACACUUCCCAUCGUACUGCUUCUGGUUGUCCUGUGGCUGCCAAGAGACAGAAGGAGAGUCCACUGAAUGGGUCUUCGCUGCCUUGGAAGCUGAACAAGCAAGAGCUGCCGCACUGUCCUUUGCCAGGCUGCAAUGGGCUGGGCCAUGUUAAUAACGUUUUUGUCACCCACCGAAGUUUGUCUGGAUGUCCUCUGAAUGCACAAGCCUUAAAAAAGGGCAAGAUAUCUGAAGAAUUAAUGACCAUCAAGUUGAAAGCAAGUGGAGGUUUAGAAAACGAGGAGGAAAUAAGACAUUUGGAUGAAGAAAUAAAAGAACUGAAUGAAUCUAACCUAAAAAUUGAAGCUGACAUGAUGAAACUUCAGACACAGAUAACAUCUAUGGAAAGCAAUCUGAAAACAAUAGAAGAAGAGAACAAACUUAUAGAGCAGAACAACGAGAGCCUGUUAAAGGAGUUGGCUGGCUUAAGCCAAGCCCUCAUUUCCAGUCUUGCCGACAUUCAGCUUCCACAAAUGGGCCCAAUCAGUGAGCAGAAUUUUGAAGCAUAUGUAAAUACGCUGACAGACAUGUACAGUAAUCUGGAAAGGGACUAUUCCCCGGACUGCAAAGCCCUGCUGGAAAGUAUCAAACAGGCAGUGAAGGGUAUCCAUGUGUAGAAUCCAGAAGCUGCUGGGAAAUAGGAGUUACGUAGCAGCAGCGGACUCCCGAUGGAUCUGUGAAGAGUCCCUGGACUGCUUAGGAGUAUUGAUUGCUGUGCUGCUUUUCUAGUUACAACAUUGCACUAUUUUUUUUCCAGCUGACAUAAAAAGGACAGAAAACAUAAGACUAUUGUAUUAACAGCAAUGACUCAGAUCACAGAAUUUGUUUAUUUCUGUACAAAUCCUUUUUGUUGUCAUCACUGUUGUUUUGCACUCUUUUAAUUUUGUAUAGUGAAUGUAAAAAAGUGUGCGUAACUAUUUUUUUACAUUUCUAAGUUUAUUUUCAAUCCGAGUUUUGUGUGUGCGUAUGUGUGCUUUUAAAAAAGUCUUUUAACUGCAUUUCUGCAGCCUGCCAUAUUUUUACAAAUAUGUUUGUUAAUUUAUUUUCCAGUGGGAUUUUAAAUAGUUCGAAAGUUAUAGUGUAAAUUAAAUAAUUUGCUGGGUUUGUACAGAAGGAAAAGGGGGAGAACUAUGAAAAAAACAAAAUACCAGAACUGUGAUACUAGUUUUAUUUUCGCCACAUCCUGCUUUUUUAUAACAGCUUUUUUUUAAUGAAAUAAGAAAUGGAUUUGCAAUAGCUUGAGAAAGGUGCAAAGAACCAGGGAUAUAAAGGUGAAUGGUGCCCUCUUCUGGAGGAACUUCAUCUCAUUGAGCACAGCAUGUUGUAAGCGUUAAAGAAUUUUUAAGCAAUAAAUGAAAUAUAGCAAUCAGCAAAGCGUAGGACUUGGCUUUGUGUGUCUUAG